CCCGCGCCCAGGGAAGCCCCGAUGCUGGCCAAGAGGAAGCCGGUGCUGCCGGCGCUCAACAUCACCCCGUCCGUCGCCGAGGGCCCGUCCCCGACCAGCGAGGGCGCGUCCGAAGCGAACCUGGCAGAUCUGCAGAAAAAGUUAGAAGAGCUAGAACUCGAUGAGCAGCAGAAGAAGCGGCUGGAAGCUUUCCUCACCCAGAAGGCAAAGGUGGGGGAGCUGAAGGAUGAUGACUUUGAGAGGAUCUCCGAGCUGGGAGCUGGCAAUGGCGGGGUGGUCACCAAAGUACAGCAUAGACCCUCAGGGCUCAUCAUGGCCCGAAAGUUGAUUCACCUAGAGAUCAAACCAGCAAUCCGGAACCAGAUUAUCCGUGAACUCCAAGUCCUACAUGAAUGCAAUUCUCCAUACAUCGUGGGUUUCUAUGGUGCCUUUUAUAGUGAUGGAGAGAUUAGCAUCUGCAUGGAGCACAUGGAUGGAGGCUCUCUGGAUCAAGUAUUGAAAGAGGCCAAGAGAAUUCCUGAAGAAAUCUUGGGGAAAGUUAGCAUUGCGGUUCUUCGGGGUUUGGCUUAUCUAAGAGAGAAACACCAGAUUAUGCACAGAGAUGUAAAACCUUCUAAUAUUUUGGUCAACACUCGGGGAGAGAUCAAACUCUGUGACUUCGGAGUGAGUGGGCAACUCAUUGACUCUAUGGCAAAUUCCUUUGUAGGAACCCGAUCCUACAUGUCUCCGGAGCGGUUACAAGGCACCCACUACUCAGUCCAGUCAGAUAUCUGGAGCAUGGGCCUGUCCCUAGUAGAGCUGUCCAUUGGACGGUAUCCGAUUCCCCCACCAGACUCCAAGGAACUAGAAGCGAUAUUUGGUCGGCCCAUGGUCGAUGGGGCAGAAGGAGAACCUCACAGCAUCUCGCCACGGCCACGACCCCCAGGCCGCCCCAUCAGUGGUCAUGGGAUGGACAGUCGGCCUGCCAUGGCCAUCUUUGAGCUAUUGGACUAUAUUGUUAAUGAGCCUCCACCUAAGUUGCCGAAUGUUGUUUUCACACAAGAUUUCCAGGAGUUUGUAAAUAAAUGCUUAAUUAAAAACCCAGCCGAGAGGGCAGAUCUGAAGAUGCUGAUGAAUCACACUUUUAUCAAACGGUCAGAAGUGGAAGAAGUGGAUUUUGCAGGCUGGUUAUGUAAAACUCUGAGGUUGAACCAGCCCAGCACUCCCACACGCACUGCCAUGUGAUGGGGAAGCAGGCUGUCCUGUGUCCGUCGUCUGUCUCCCUGUCCAUCACUGUUUCCUGCCCUUUGGGCUAAAGACAAUCUCCUCCCCGGUUCCUUCUUCCCUCCCUACUCCUUGCCCCCACCCCCAUCCUCCAUCUCCCUUCCCCACUUCGACCCUGACCUGGACAACACCAUCGCAGGAAAUGUCUAUUGCCCCUUAUGAACAAGCCAAAACCAGCUUGCUUUAUUUUGUUAUUUCUCCUGCACGCCUACUCCAGUCCAGUGCAGCUCUUUCUCUCAUAUUUGGGAAUUGUGGUGCUCCUGUUGUUCACUUAAGGUUUUUUAAAAAGGAAAAAAAGAGGCAGGGGAAGCAAACUUUGUACAUCAUGCUUGUCCUCCUUCAUUGGGUGUUUGUCCUUCCUUUGAAUCCACAGGUUGAGGGGCUUACAGAAGCCCAGCCCUAGAAGGUCUACAGAUCGCUGGGUGGUAGAGCCAGACUGAAGGAGGACAAAGGGUGGAGUUUAGAGAUCUGUGUAGCUUCUUUGAAAAGGAACAAGUGACAUUGUAAAUCCUUGGUGGUAGCUUGUUGAGCAGGCCAAAGAAAGGGCUUUGCCUGUUGGUUUUUAGUGGUCACCUACCCCCUGUGUUUCUGUCCUACCCUAUGGUGGUUUUGAUCAUGUUACAAGGUGUCAGAAUCAAUGAAAAUUAUUUGAGUUAGAGAUAUAGCAAAACCCUAUUCCCUCCUCUCCCCUUAGAUCCUCUCUCUCCUCAUUCAGGACCUGGCAGAAAGGUCUUUCCAGAAGAUUGCCACUAACUUAAGCAGGUUGAUGUUAGAGGGCUGCUUCACUCCACUUCUAUUCCUUUAGGGAAAAAAGUUUUGACUUGAUCUCCCCUUGGAUGAGUUUAUAUCCAGCUUUCUAGAGAGGAAAUGUCAGUGUGAUUUAUAAAAACCUAACCUCUACAGUAAAUAAAAAUGCAUCCAAAUUUUUAGCAGGUGUUCAGGAGCAGGUCUGGCUCCUUGACCUUUCCCAGCCCACCCUGACCCUGCUUCUCUUGCACAGCACACACAGGGACCUCAAAUCAUUCACAUUCAGCCAGAUGGAAUUUAGAUCUGCUGUAACUUGGGACCCAGCAUGCCCUUCUUUACCCAGGCAAGAUUGGUUUUAUCUAGUCAUAGUUAACCCUUUAAAAAUCAUCCUUUGAGUGUCAGAAAUGUGAUGCCUGGCCUCCCUGACGCAGUGAGAGGCAGAGUAUUGAAUGAACAAGAGAUGCCACCACCCUUCCCUCGAUGGCAGACCAACUUCUUCAGUGCUAAGUCACCCCUGAGGCAGCUUGUUUGGGAGCAGUGGACUGUGAGGGGUGUUUUCUGGGCUCUGAUUCUUCCCUGAAGAUGCUGAGGUCUGAGAGAUUUGUUCCCUUCAUUUCUUCCUAGCAUAAGCCAAUGUUAAUCUGCCUGUGUACCAGUUGCAUGCAAGUAGCUUUAAAAGAAUGGUACUUGUCAUGACCCAGGUGAUCAUCAUUUGUGUGAAGAAAAGGAAGUGAAUAUUCCCAAGAAUCCCUCUCCCCUUUUUUUUUUAAGUGGCUCAAAGUCGUUCUGUGUGCAGAUUAGUUAAAGGAACUUUGGAACUGAAAAAGAGAAAGACUGGGUGAGGAAGAGAUCUCAGUGGAAAAACGGGGAGCUCUCAGUGGGUAAAUUUUGCAAAGAAACAUUGAAAUGUGAUGUAAGCAAAAACUGUGUUACAGAGCCAUUCAAAAGUAGAAUGGACUGCCUCAGGACGCAAUGAGUUCCUCAUCCCUGAAGAUCUUCAUCCAAAGGCUGCACAGUUAUCUGUUAUAUAUGUUGUGGAGGGGAUUCUUUUCAAUUAUGGGUUGGACUAGAUACCACCUGAGGACGUUUGCAAUCCUGUAAUUCUGCAAUUUUGGCCUCCUGGGUUAGAGCUCAGUGCUGUACUAGUCCCUCUGUGUAACCCCUGAACCUAGAGGGUAAACUCCUCAAGUGAUGUCAGGCUUUAAAUAACUAAGCACGUUGGCUCUGUGCCUACAUACUUUCUGGGCCCUCCUCGGAAAACCAGCUUUACAUCCCCCCCUGACCCAUUCUCACGUUUUUCCCCCCCCCCCCCCCCCCCCCAGUAAACAAAGGAGAGGCUACUUUUAUUCUUAAUCUGAUUCUGACCAGUAACUAGAACAUUAUUCUGAUUUUUGUCCUUCAGGGACUGAAGCAUAUACAGUGUUGCGGGUUUUAAAAACAAACCUCUCCCAUGUUCUCAAGCUUCUGUUGUGUAGGUAACCAGGCUCCCUUAGGAGCAUCCCUCAGAGGGGACGCCUGAUGUGUAGGACUGGUCUAUGCAUUAUUAACACAUGCUUGAGUUUCUCAGCCAUGCCUUCUUUUAAGGGCAUUGAGCUUUUCUCUCUCCCAAACAGAAGCGUCAGGAAUUAGGGUUAAGAGCUAGGUGAGCCUGGGGCCUGAAUACUGGCCUGUCCAGGCUUCCCAGGAGAAGCAGUAUGAUAGUGGAAAGAAGGCCAAGGGGCAGCUAGGUGGCACAAUGGAUAAAGCACAGGCCCUGAAGUCAGGAGGACCGGAGUUUAAAUCUCUGGAUACUGACCUAGUGUGAUCUUGGGCGAGUCACUUAACCCCAAUUGCCUCGCCCCCAAAUGGGACCGAAUUGAUAAGUCUGAUUUCAGGCUCACCAUUGUGAACUGAAGUUAUUCUAAAUCCUAUGAAGUUCUCUGGAAGGAAAGUGAGACUCUGCAUUCCGUAGGCUCUGGAUGAAUAACAGCUCAAGCAUCUACAUCUGACCCUGUACUGUUGGUUAGGGCGUCCUGCUUUGCUGCUUAUGCUUAGAAUUCGAGCAGUGGAAGUGGCAGAACCUCCCCCGCCAUGCCAUCUACUGUAGCAGACUUCAUUCUGGGGAGGAGGAGGUGGCCUGAGGUCUCAGAUUCGGUUUUUCAGUCAAUUUGGGUCUGACUUAAAACCUGAAGUACUGACCUGGCCAGGCAGGAACUGUGAGUCGUCCCUGGAGCCUUGGGGGAGAAGGGGUGCAGGGAGACCAGUUGGACACCAGAGACUUGUAGUGUGCAGUGAAGUGUGUAUUUCAUGGCAGCAGAAUGAUUAUUACUCUUCUAUUCCCUUCCCCUGUGGUGCCUCAGUUACCCCAUCUGUAAAAUGGGGAUAAUAAUACUUGCACUACCUACCUCACAGGGUUGUUGUGGGGAAAGUGCUUUGUAACGCUUAAAGCACUAUAGAAAUGUGAGUUAUUAUUCCUGCCCCUAUCCCCUCAAAAAAAAGAUCCCCCAAUUUUAUUGUCCUUUAAUCUGCAACUCCUAAUUCUGUUAGAUCUGUCAGAAAGGGAGGGGCUUUUAGUGGGGACAAAUUGCUACUGGCGCAUGGCUGUCUGAGAUCCAAGAAGAGGCGUGGACUGUCCAUUAACAGGUUGGCAAAGUGUGAUAACUUAGCAAAGGGGUACCCUUUUUUGCCUUCUCAUCCCCAUCAUGCUGCUGAUUUUGUGAUUCAUAUAUGCUGGUGUGUGUGGUUUGUUUUUUAAGAAAAUUAUAAUGGAUUGUGCUUUUAUUUUGUUUAUUUAGUUUGCAGUGUUUCUAGCCCAGAAAUCCUUUAACUUUGCCCAGGAAUUUUAGGUAGACUGCAGUGCUAACUCAAGUCUUUGUAGAAGCUGGAAGACCUACUGUCUCUCCCACAGAUCUGAAUUCAUUCCGGUUUCUUUUCCCCUCUUGAAUGAGGUUACUUUUGCCCUCUCGUGAGAGCUUCAGCCUUUCCCGGACCCAAAGGACAGCGUUGUAGCUCUCUCUGUAUUAAAGGCCCUGGGGAGAUUCCACCCCAGGCACUCCAAUCUGAUGGACUUCUUAACCAGGAAUUGGAUGUUAAAACUGGUUAGUUUGGGGGAGGGGAAGAGGAAAGUGAGCUGUUAAUCUCCCUAAUUUGAGGAUUCUUGACUUUAGACAUUUCUGGGCUUAGAGAUUGAAUAUCUUGUACAGACAUGGGGUGGGGAGAGGUUUUUCUAAAAUACGAAUGAAUCUGUGCAAUUGCGUGAUUGAAAUGACUACUGGCGUCCAGGGUUGUAUGGGUCUAAACACACCUGGGAAUUCUGAAACUCACAACUAGUUGUGAGGAUUUUAUUUUAAAAAUUAGGUCGGAAACUCCAGUCCUAAAACUGUAAUAUCUUGGGGUUGGUUCCACCCUACCCCGUAGUUGUUGGUAUUUUUUGUGCUUGGUUUUGAAGGGGAAGGAGAAAGUAUCAAACAUUUUGUUGGUGCAAAUUUUUUUUUAACUCGAUAUUUUCAUCAUAAAUAAAUGGCACUUUACAUGA